GGCGCUUGAGUGGGCCGCAGUGCAUGAUGGGAAAGAAUGGUGGAGCGUUGAUAUUAGGGGAAACCACUAAGGGAUGUCGCGCGGGGCAUGAUGGGAAGUGUCAAAGCUGGGAGAUGGCAGUGAAAAGGCGUCCAGAGCCCUUGGAUUUCUUCAGCACCUGAGUGUGGCCAUGGUGGUGGAGGUGUGCAGCUUCUUUGGGGUCUACCUUCUCUACUGCACCAAUCCGCGGUUCCAUGGACGCAUCUACAUUGGCUUCACAGUCAACCCUGAACGGCGUAUCAAUCAGCACAAUGCUGGGAAGCGCCGCGGCGGGGCUUGGAAGACAAGUGGCCGUGGGCCUUGGGACAUGGUGUUGAUUGUCCAUGGUUUCCCUUCAGAUGUGGCAGCCCUCCGGUUUGAGUGGGCCUGGCAACACCCACACUCUUCCCGCCGUCUCACCCAUGUUACCCGCCGGACCUCACGAGAGCGUCAGUUUGACUUCCACCUGCGUGUCUUAGCCCACAUGCUCCGAGUUGCUCCUUGGUGCCGGCUGCCUCUCACAGUACGUUGGCUCAAGCAGGAAUACUCUCGAGAUUUCCCUCCCGGCUUGGAACCUCCUCUGCACAUGCCAGUGGCCUUUGGACCAGUGCGAGCUGUCAAGGAGACCAAGGGAGCAAAGCCAGUACCUUCAGAAGAACAGGGAGUCGCUCUGAAACGUUGUAGCGUCUGUCUGAAAAGGUUCCAGGAUGGAGAAGACGACACCUUCUUGCGCUGUUUUCACACAGGCUGCACCAUGGUUGCUCAUAUAACCUGCCUGGCUCGUCUUUUCCUAGAGAAAGAACCAAAUCAGUUCUUGCCCAUAGAAGGCCAGUGCCCAAGUUGCAAGAAUCUUGUGCUUUGGGGAGAUCUGAUCCGUCAUCAUAAAGGCUGUUAUGGUGACUUAGAAGCUGAUCCUACGUCCUCUCAGGAACAUUGGGCUAAUGAACUGCAACUAUGAAGGGGGAACAAAUACUUUUUUUAAAAGUCAUCAAGACUGAUCUCCCUCCAGAAGAAUAUGUAGGAAUGCUUAGAAUGGACCAGCUCCGUUGCCUCUUCUCAUGCACUGUAUUUUUCCACUUGCCUCUUUCCCAGCUGGAUCUAGGACCUUUUGUCUCCCAGCCCCAGAAUCAUGCAUCAAAUGAUGAACUAAUUAAUUUUCUGAAGUGCAAUAAUUAAAUAGAAGGACCAAGAAUUGGGCAGGAUAUCUAUGAAAUGAGGAUGUGAUGUGGGGGACAGCAUUCUUAAAGAGUCUCUGGGAAGAACAGAGUAAACAAUGACUUGAUCAAGGAAAUGUCACAUUGGGUUACCCAAGAUAUUUCGACUACAAAGCCUAUAAUUCCGGACUUGAUCACACUUGUUGUGGCUUCUGAAAGUUGUAGUACAAAACUGCUGGAAGGUGUCAAGUUAUCUUCCCCUAGACUAGAUUGCUGGAAGUCAUAUGUUCAAAUUUUCUAGCUAGCAAGUGUGCUUUGGAUUUUCCGUUGUAUCAGGACAAAAAUGGUCAGUGAUGCUGGAAAUACAAUGCUGAAUGUGUAUAGUAAUCUUGUUAUAUUGGCAAAAGGAUUCAGGAGCAUGGGUUAUGCAACUGGGCGCCCUCUAGAUAAUUUGGAUUCCAGUGUUCCUGAUUACUGGCUAAACAGCCUGGAGCUUGUGAAAGCUGUAGUAAAAAACAAAACCAAUGAAAUAAAAUAAAUGGGGGGCACUAGGUUGCCUAUCAUGACCAUGACUUUAUCAAGUUUUUAAAAAGUAUACUAGUCUUAUUUUAUGAUAUGCUUCUAGUGUGUUGAGUGCUUAUAUGGAAAAUGGAAAAGAUAUGUUUCUUGACCAGUAUGCAGAGCUAGUAAGUUUGUGAAAUAUCAUAUCAUAUUUAUAUGUCCCCACACUUAAUAUUUAUAUGGCCAUCACCUAAUAUUGUCUUAGUGAUUCUUAAAAAAAUUGAUUUUAGGCUAGUGUUAUCACUGUUGCAUGGAGAACUGAGAAUGUAGUGUAGUAUCCUCCAGUCUAUGCUGGUUGUAGGACUGCAGGAUGUAUGCUCUCAACGUAUCUGAUGAGCACUGAUUUAUGAGACUCUUGUCUGUGAAUACCAAGAGAACCAAUGUAUAAUGUAACCAGUGCGCCAGACACCUCCCACUUCAAUAGUACCUGUUAAAAGGACAUCAGAUAAAUAGGCUAUGGUAGGAUCUGAUAGUGGAUUACUGUCAUGGUUCAAAAUCCAGCAAAUCCCCCAAGAGGAGAAAAUAUUGCUCUCCCAGGUGGUCAGUAGUCUAGAUCGCAUGGAACAUAGAUGAUAAAUUUCUGGCCCUCUAGAUUGGGGGUAAGCAACUGCAUGGAGGCCCAUUCCCUUCUCCUAGGCACCCCUGUGCACAGCAUCCCUCCAACAGGCCUAAAUGCAUGUUUUCCUCUAAAAAUGGUUACAGGAAGUGAUAUCACAUUCCUUUGUCACCAUUUUGAGAGUGAUGGAAAUGGAGAUCAGAGGGUUAAACAAAAAUUGCUCCAAAAACCUUAAACGUUAACAUUUACUCUUAACCAUGAGAAUGAUAUGAAGAAACCCUAUAGUCUACAAAUGCUUGACUAUACUAUGUGUGUGUUUUUUUUUAAAGAGGUGGAUUCUGCUGUAAGAAAAGUUGAAUCUCUCCCCUUAUCUAAACCUAAGUGCAUAACAUAUGCACUGGAGACAGGAAUCAUGUGGCCUUCCCGAUUCCCAUCAUUCUUCACCAUUAGAUGUUAGGGCUGGUAAGAUUAGCAGUCUGACAUCAGAAUACCUCCAUGAUUCUUUGAUUGUAAAGAAUCAUAGUGUGAAGAGGAAUCCACAUAUUUUGGUUACAUCUGUAGAAUGCACCUUCAUCAUUAAAUAUCCAAUGUUUCAUUUUCA